UAACAGUUUAAUCAUAAGGAAAGUGACAUGUUUUUUCGCUUAUAAAAACAGUAAAUACAAAUUCUCUUGAGUUAGGCAAGUGAUUUAGGCACGCGUGGAAACGAUUAUUUAAAAGCGUGCACACAUAAUUUACAAUAAUAUAUUAUAUUAUAUAUGUCAAUUAAUACUAUAAAUAAAAAUAGUUUUAAUUUAUAUUUUAAAAUGAUUUUGUUAAUUUACCACUAAUCUGGUUGGUUGCCGUCAAUGAUUGAACAUUUAAUACCACCGAAGAACUGUUGAUUACAUAAUAUAUUUUUUUUUUUUUAAGUAGUUUGCAUAUUAUUAUAUUUAAUAAUAUAUGAAUUUGAGAAUCGAUUCUCCUGAUUAAAAAUUAAAAUAUGUUUCGUUCGGAUAGUCGGCUCAGUGGUUCCCAAAAUAAUACAAAUUAUGUUAACCUCACAGUCGCAGGCAUAGAUAAUAAAAACAUUAUUUUAUUGUUUUUAUUAUCAUUUAUCUAUUGAGCAUGGUCUCACUUCAAGACUCCCCAUUACCCAAGUCUUAAUGUAACUCCAAUAUACAAACAAAAUUAUAUUGCGUGUGGUCGUAUUAAAAAGUUUUCGGUUUUAUUGCUGUUGAUUUAUAUCAAGAAAUCAGAACCCUGACCAGUGGUCUCGUAGCUGUUUAAAUAUUUACGGCUUACGGAAUCUGAUGGUAUGAUAAACAAACAAAAAAAUAAUUACCAGUUUCAGAGAAACUUGCAACAAAAUGAGUGUCCAUGUCGAAGUAGAUUUAGUAAAUGGAUAUAUUUUUGAGUCUGAAAUAGAAGUGGAAAAAAAUGUACUUUUCGACGAAAUACAGCCAUUUGUCUGCGAUGUAUGUAAGAAAUCUUUUAAUACCAAAAAGAUAAUAAGCCGACACAUAGCUCAAUCACAUAGUUCACACUCGAUAGCCCAGAAAAGCACAGGAAAACAAGUCAACAAAAAAACUUUUAUUGUUAACAGUACGAGUAAUGAAGCGAAUAAGAAAAUUAAUAAAUGUUUUUUGAAAUCGUGGAUGGAAACGGACAACAGUAAUCAAAUAACAACGAAGAAUAACGACAAAGUUUCAAAUGAAAAGCGGUUAUACCAAUGCGAUUUUUGUCAAACUUCGUAUAACACUAAAAAGCAAAUAACAUUACAUAUCAUAAAAUCCCACAAAACUUUAACUAACAAACUUGGCAAAAAAACCAACCCCAUGCAUCGCGAUAAGUAUGCUGAGCAAUUUGCCAAAAACAUCGGCCCACCCUACAAAUGUGGUAUAUGUUUAAAGGAAUUUACUUGUAAAGCAGGCCUCACAGUACACACACGAGUGCACACCAGAGAAAAGCCCUACAAAUGUGUUAUAUGCUUAAAGUCAUUCUCUCAUAGUAAUACCCUUGCACUACACCUACGCAUGCACACCGGAGAAAAGCCCUACACGUGUGAUCUGUGCUCAAAGUCAUUUUCUUACAGUAGUAGCAUCAGAGAACACAAACGAAUGCACACCGGAGAAAAGCCUUAUAAAUGCAAACUUUGCUUAAUGUCUUUUACUCGAAAAUCCAGCGUCAAAACGCACAAACGACGCGUACACACUACAAACGUACAACUAAAACCCUACAAGUGUGAUUUAUGCUUCAAGUCAUUUUCUGAAAAAAGCUACCUCGCAGCACACAAACUUGUGCACACUGGUAAAAAGCCCUACAAAUGUGCAUUGUGCCUAAAGUCUUUUAUGUUUAAAAGAAACCUUGCAUCACACUUGCGCGUGCACACUGGUGAAAAGCCCUACAAAUGUGAUGUGUGCUUGAAGUCAUUUUCUGGGAACUCAACACUCAAAAUACACAAUCGCAUACAUACAGGCGAGAAGCCUUACAAAUGUACGGUGUGCAUAAAGUCGUUUACUUUUCGUUCAUCCUUAAUAGCCCAUGAACGCUUUCACUCUGGUGAAAAGCCCUACACGUGUGAUCUGUGCUCAAAGUCAUUUUCUCAUAAUGUCCUUGCGGUACACAAACGCACGCACACCGGAGAAAAGCCUUACAAGUGUGACGUGUGCUUGAAGACAUUUUCUCAAAAACCCCAUCUCACACAACACAAACGCAUGCACACCGGGGAAAAGCCCUACACGUGUGUUGUAUGCCUAAAGACUUUUUCUGGAAAAUCUCAACUCACAAGUCACCAACGUGUGCACACUGGUGAAAAGCCAUUUAAUUGUGAUGUGUGCUUGAAGUCAUUUUCUUAUAGUGGUGGCCUCGCACUACACAAACGCGUGCACACCGGGGAAAAGCCUUACAAAUGUGAUGUAUGCUUAAGAUAUUUUGCUGAGAAAAAAACACUUACAAUACACAAACGCGUGCACACCGGAGAAAAGCCUUACAAGUGUGACGAGUGCUUUAAGUCAUUUUCUCAAAAACCCCAUCUCACACAACACAAACGCCUGCACACUGGUGAAAAGCCUUACAAAUGUGAUGUAUGUUUAAGACCAUUCACUCAAGGCUCCGAUCUCACAAAACACAAACGUAUACAUACUGGCGAAAAGCCCUACAAAUGUGAUAUAUGCUUAAAGUCAUUCAAUCAAAAAUCUCCUCUUACAGUACACAAACGGUUGCACACAGGUGACAAGCCCUAAAAAUGUUGAAAUAUUUUCUUCAAAACUAAUUCAUCACAUUAGUUAUAAUUUCACAAUUGCGUAGAUGCCGAUAAAUAGCUAUAGUAUGUGUACUUAUAAUAUUUUUCUCAAAAAUCUAAUCUUGUAUAACAUAGCUGGGUGCACAGUCAACAAUUCAUUAUAGUUGUUUAACAAUUUGGCAUAUUUUAUAUUCUUUGGAUUAUAUUUUUAUUUCAUUUUAUUUAUGUUCUUUAAUUUUUUUUUACUAAAUGAUUUUAGAUCAUUAGAUAUUCAAGCGAUAUGUUAAAUAAAUAUUUUACAAAAAUGGUUAUUUAUCUGAAUGAUUAAGAUGUGACCCCACUUCACUCUGCGGACAUUUUGUUAGUGAUUGCUCACAUGACGUAUUAUUGAUA